AAUUUUGAAGUAGUUCGAGAAUUCCAAGACAUCAUCCAAAAGAAAGAUAUGCAGAUUGCUGAACUUGAAAAAGAAGUGUUAUUCCUGAAAGCCAACUCUGUUAAGACUGAAAAUAACAGUUCAGAUUUUGCAACCAAGUGUCAUGACCUGGAAACAAAAAUUGCUGGCAUUGGAGAAGAAACACACCAGUCAGGUUCAGCAGUUAAAAGAAGAAUACGAGAGAACAAAUUACCACGAUCAGUUUGAGAGGUCUCAGCAGCUUGUGAGAGAACUGCAGGCUCAAUUAGAUGAAUUCUAUGCUGUUCUUGACGAACUGGAAAAUACUGAAAAGUUACAGGGUGCACUUCAAAACUCAAUAACAGAAGCACAUCUACAGCUUCGAUGUGUGGGAAUUCAGAAUGCUGACAUGAGGAAAAAACUCUUGACAGAUUAUGUGUCUUUAAAGAAGCUGCAGAAAACAGUGACCAGUGAUGUGGAUGAAGAACACCAAGACCUUGUGGAGAAAUGUUCACAUCUAACUAGAGUAGCGCAGAUAUCGAGUGAAAACGUUCUGCAGUUGCAGACAUUGUAUACCAGCACAUCGUCAGAUCUUCAGACUGCGACUGCCUUGGUGCACCAACUCAACAGUGAACUAGCUGGAGCCAGGAAAGCCAUUCAAGACCUCCUUUUUACGAAAGACAUGUUGAUUCAUUAUUUAGAUGAUCAACAAGAAAAGGAAAAGUCCGUCCUUGAGGAAAUCCAAGCUCUGACUACAGCCCUUAUGAAUUUGGAGAAAGAUCUUCAUACCCAAAAGAAAUUAACUCAAGAAGCUGAACUGAAGAGAUUAGAUGCAGAAGCAAGAAUGCAGGAAAAUGAUUCCAAAUAUGAGGAACUGAUUAUUAACCUACAAAGAACAAUAGACUUCCGAGAACAUGACAGCGACCUUUUGAUGAAAGACAUGGAGAUGUUUCAAGAAACCAUUCAACAGCAGCGGUGUGAAAUAGAUAAAUAUGUGACAGGGAGACACUUAUUUGAAGAUAAAAUAAAACAUUAUGAGGAUAAUAUCAUGACAUUGACAAAAAACGCCCAGUUUAUGGAAGCUGAACGAGACCUGCUGUUGAUGUCUCUGAGGGAAUCAGAGGAAAAGAUCAGAACACUUUCUCUUGAACUUAACCGACAGGCGCGACUUCUGUCAGACAGUGAAAUACGAUGUCUACAGUUGCAGUCAACUGUUCAAUCACUCCAUUCUGAUUUAUGUGCCAGCAAAGAAGAACUGGAGAGUACGAGGUCCCAUGCCAGGAAGAUGCUUGUCCACCAGGGUUUGGAACUGCGUGAUUGUGGACACGCCAUUGAAAACCUGGAUCUUAGAAUGAAAUGCAUUCUUCGUGCUAUGAAGAGGAAAGUUGGUAUUGAGGAGGAUGGUGUUAAGGCCGAGGAAGGAAGUGUUGAUACCGAAGUCAAAAAAGCACCGAGAUCCCUUGUCAGUGCAGUCCUGCACGCUGUCAACUCGCACACCUCGGAACCAACUGAAAACCAGUCCUUUACGGAAAGCAGUUUAGACUUGACCUGGAGUCGAGGCCGACCUCAGCGCAGCUUGUCUGCUCCAUUAGUGGUUCCAGCCGCAGACUCAGAUUCAGCCAACAACAGCCAGUCAUCUUCGAACCAAAGUGAUCAUUCAUUGCCACGAAUAAAGCUGUCCUUUUCCAACAGUCCCAGUGAAGCCAGUCGUGCAAGACUUGGAUAUUCUCAGUCCAGUGCGUUCUCGCCGGUGAAAUCCAGGACUGCUUUGAAAAUUAAACAUGAUAGCUAUGCAGAUGAUGACCAGGCUAGUCUGUGUCAGUCGGAAGGACAGUCUCCUAGUGUGGAUGGAAGUUUCACUGGCUUGCAGGUUUCUUCUCUUGUAGAUCAGAUAUUAACUUUGGGAGAGGUUUUGGGAGAAAUUGUGAGAAUGGCCAACAUAGUUGAACGAGCUUCCCAGCUUUCCAUUCAGGAUUUGAAAGGAGAGGACAUGGUGUUGAGAGAACGGAUAGAGCAGUUGGAGAGCCACACUGAACACCUGCAGGCCGAGAUUGUACUGAAGGAUGCGGAGCUGAGCACCGCCAGUCAGGACGUUGCCCGGCUCCAGAACCGAAUCAAACAGAUGGUAACAGCAAUGAUGGACAUGUCCGACCAGCAGUCACAAAUAAAGAAAUUGAAAACUGAAAUAGAAUGCUUGAUGAACCAGAUGAAAAGGGUGGAAGGUGAAAAACACAUUAUUGCUGAACAGUGUGAGAAACUUAUUCAACAGCUGGAAACAAAGGCAGAUGGCCAUACUGGUAACCUGGCUGAGGUUCGCAGUCUCAGGGAGGUGAUAACCCUCAAGAAGGAGAAUAAUCAGUUGAGAAUGAACUUGUGUGAAGAAGGUGAUCGAUACCAAGAAAUGGUCAAGAGGGCUGCUAGAAAGAUCAAAAUCCUUGAAGAUAACUGGAAGAAAGCAGAAGCUGAAGUGUUUCGAUUUGAUGAACUUGUUGAAACAAUACAAAAGAUGCUAGAGGACAACAGAGCUGUCAUAGAGUCAAAUGAAUCCUUGGCAAAGCUUCUGCAAAUUGUCAGUGGAGAGGACGUUGAAGGAUUUGGAAUUUCCCCCCAGAACAAGGAGACAAACGGCAACAACUCUUCUCUUUUAACUCCACAUACCUGGAGUUUUCUCAAGUGACAAUGUACAUAACCAAAGACAAUUUUGUCAAACGUUGACCAACAUUAGCAAAGUUGGUCAUGUAUAGUUUACCUCACUUUAUUGUUAUCUUUCAUAUAUACAUGUGCUAUCAAAUAAGAAGCCAUCAACACAUUUGGGCAAAUGUAUAUGUGCAUGUCAUUUAGCAUUGAAAGAAUAUUGUCAAGUCUUUUGAUCUUUUGUGUACACUACUAUCAAUAAAAAGUCAUCAACAUAUAUGUACGAAUAUGUAUGAGCUUGUCAUUGAAUAUUGAAAGAAUAUUGUCAGUCUUGGGUAGCCAAAAUACAGAACAUGAAUGAAAUAACGAGAGUUAUUGAAGAAUAUUUUUGCACUACUGCUGGAUGAUUAUGUUCUCAUGAAAGAGAUAGCUUCCCAUGUUACCCUUUGCUUAGCAACCAUUAUAAAUAAUGUUAACUGCAAAGUUCCUAUCUCAGGACCUCUAGAUCAUUAAUAUCCAUGAGUGGGGCAGCUUAUUAGAUAUGAUCAUCCACAGUUAAAGAAGUUGGUUGAUAUUCUUCAAGAUGGUAGUCUAUGCUUUGACGGCUUCCAAGGGUAGGUCUUGUGUUAAACACCAGCUUUAGUAAAAUCUGAACUGCUGCAUGCAGUUUGUAUUAUGCUGUUAUUACAUUAAAGUUUCUAGACUUGUGGAAGUCUUUAAACAUGGUACCAGCCCCAAGUUCAGCCAGCAAACGUUCGCUAACUAUUUGAUUGGUUCCCGACGUGGUCAUUUUGGUUCAAUGUGAAGCGCAUAAACCAGUCUAGCGGACAUUUUUCUGCUCGGUCUGGCUGAACGUAGCCCAGAUGUCAUUCAGCUACAGUCACCAGUAGUAACAGAAGAUGACCAUCUUUGGUGACAUUUUAAAAGUUCACAACUGUUGUCGGAUUUUAAAAAGGGUUUUGUCCAUGAAAAUUAGCAUUAUUUAAUUAUAUAAAUGAAAUGGAGUAGCUUUUUUUUAAAUCCAAGAAAGAAUAAUUUGCUAACAAUUGCAUAUUCUCAUAUACUGCCACUUUGUCAUUUUUAUUUUCUAGGAUGAAGGAACCUGAUGCUUCUCUUUUUUCUCUAUUUAAACAAAAAAAAUAUUAAAUGUAAUUAUUCUUAUAAGUUGGUAUUUGUAUGUAAUAGACACACAUGAGUUUGUUUCCUUUGUAAUUCCCCAACAGGUUUUGACAUUUAUUAAAGGUGCUAUCUAUAUUUUG